AUGGCCCCUGCCGCCAGCGUCGCCGUGGAGAACCUCAACCCCAAGGUCUUAAAAUGUGAGUAUGCAGUCCGUGGGGAGAUUGUCAUCCAUGCUCAGCGCUUGCAGCAACAACUACAAACACAACCAGGGUCUCUUCCUUUUGAUCAGAUCCUCUUCUGCAACAUUGGGAAUCCUCAAUCUCUUGGUCAGCAACCUGUGACAUUCUUCAGGGAGGUUCUUGCUCUUUGUGAUCAUCCAUGCCUCUUGGAAAAAGAGGAAACCAAAUCAUUGUUCAGUGCUGAUGCUAUUUCUCGAGCAAAGCAGAUUCUUGCAACUAUUCCUGGAAGGGCAACAGGUGCAUAUAGUCACAGUCAGGGUGUCAAAGGACUGCGUGAUGCAAUUGCUGCUGGGAUCACCUCACGUGAUGGAUUCCCUGCAAAUGCAGAUGACAUUUUCAUUACAGACGGAGCAAGUCCUGGGGUCCACAUGAUGAUGCAAUUACUGAUUAGGAAUGAGAAAGAUGGCAUUCUGUGCCCAAUUCCUCAGUACCCCUUGUACUCGGCCUCCAUAGCUCUUCAUGGUGGAGCCCUUGUCCCCUAUUACCUUGAUGAAAAAACUGGGUGGGGUUUGGAGAUCUCUGAUCUUAAGAAGCAACUUGAAGAUGCUCGGUCAAAAGGCAUUGAUGUUAGGGCCUUGGUGGUUAUCAAUCCAGGAAAUCCGACUGGGCAGGUUCUUGCUGAAGACAACCAAUAUGACAUAGUGAAAUUCUGCAAAAAUGAGGGCCUUGUUCUUCUAGCUGAUGAGGUAUAUCAAGAAAACAUCUAUGUUGACAACAAGAAAUUUAACUCUUUCAAGAAGAUUGCAAGAUCCAUGGGAUACGGCGAGGAUGAUCUCCCUCUAGUAUCAUUUCAGUCUGUUUCCAAAGGAUACUAUGGAGAGUGUGGUAAAAGAGGAGGUUACAUGGAGAUUACUGGCUUCAGUGCUCCGGUAAGAGAGCAGAUCUACAAGGUAGCUUCAGUGAACUUGUGCUCCAAUAUCACUGGUCAAAUCCUUGCGAGCCUCGUCAUGAAUCCACCAAAGGUUGGGGACGAAUCAUAUGCUUCCUACAAGGCAGAGAAAGAUGCAAUCCUUCAGUCUUUAGCUCGUCGUGCAAAGGCAUUGGAGGAUGCGUUCAACAAGCUUGAGGGAAUUUCAUGUAACAAGGCUGAAGGAGCAAUGUACCUUUUCCCUCAGAUUCAUCUGCCACAGAAAGCAAUUGAGGCUGCUAAAGCUGCUAAGAAAGCACCUGAUGCAUUCUAUGUUCUCCGUCUCCUUGAAUCAACUGGAAUUGUCGUGGUCCCUGGAUCUGGAUUUGGUCAAGUUCCUGGAACAUGGCACAUCAGAUGCACGAUCCUGCCGCAGGAAGACAAAAUCCCAGCGGUGAUCACCCGCUUCAAGGUUUUCCAUGAGGCGUUCAUGGCUGAGUACCGUGACUAA